UUUCGGCUGAAAACUCUUGUGCGAGUUUACCAAAGAAGCAGCGGGCGGGAUUGACCAAUAUAUCUCACGUCGAAACUUUUUUACCAACUUUAAAUUUGAUCAAGAGAAUCAUAUUUUCAAACUGUUCAUUCAGGCCAAGGUGUAAGCUCAUCGACUUAAUGGGUCAAUUUAAAAUUCCUUGAUAUUUUUUUCAUGUUCAAAAAACUAUGACAAACUGCUUUUAAAGAAGGGACACUUUCGAGAGAUCAACAGCUUACUCAUUCAGAAAAAGCUCCACCAACUUCACAAGCCUGCAAAGUUUCAAACAGGAACUAACUGGAUAGCUUGUAUAAACGGCCUGUGCAGACAACUUAUAUCACGAGGUGAUACUUUCAGAAGACUUGGGGAGGAAUAGUACACUGAUGAAAACAGAACAAUGAUGCGAUCAUGCCGACAGAGAUACUUUUGUAGCGCGCUUCUGUUCCUCGUAACAACGUUUAUGUACUGUUUAUUCUACGGUCAAAUAAUACCAGUCAGAGAGCUCACGAAAAACUACGAAAUUCCUUAUGAGGAAGUGUUUGCAAUAAAUACACAGGAAUCAUUGGGGCAAACUGAAAACGCGAUUCAAGAUACAGACGACGCAAUCAUCUUUGAUUCGAUCACAGAAAACGAAAAAAACUUACAACAAAAGCUAGCAGACGACGAAACCGCCAGUCACCAAAUCGAAGGUAACACAGGAUCACAACAGAGCGGGCUUUCAAACUAUGUGAUGACCAAUGAAGGAAACGAAAGCGAAACGGAGUUGAAACAAAAAAGACUUCCAAAUGCUCUUAUCAUUGGAAUACGAAAAGGAGGAACAAGAGCACUUUUGGAUUCUCUUGCGCGUCAUCCCAGCGUGCGAGCUUGUUCACGAGAACUGCAUUUCUUUGACGAACAAGACAACUAUAAGCGAGGCUUGGAGUGGUACAGAAAUCAAAUGCCUAAGUCUUUGAAAAAUGAAAUCACAAUUGAGAAAACACCAGCCUAUUAUGUUACUCAAGAUGCUCCUCGUCUGAUUUACAACAUGUCCCCGGAUGUUAAGCUGUUGGUGAUAGUUCGUGACCCGACUGUGCGUGCGAUUUCAGAUUACGCGCAAAUCUUCGAUAAAUAUCAGGGCAAGAUCAGACCAUUCGAGGAAUACGUCACCAAAAAUGGCACAGUGCUAAAAUAUAGCAAAAUAGUCCAAACUGGCGUCUACAUAACUCAUCUAAAAAAUUGGUUGAAAUAUUUUCCUCUAGAGCAAAUUCUCUUCGUAAAUGGCGAAGAACUUAUCAAAAACCCCGUCCCAGAAUUGAAAUUGGUAGAGAAAUUCUUGGGACUAAAACCAUUCAUUGAUGAAAAGUUAUUCUACUUCAACGAAACUAAGGGUUUCCCGUGUUUAGUUCCACCCACUCAAACGAACGGUGAACCAACCAAAUCUGGAUGCUUGUCAAAAGACAAGGGUCGACCACACCCUCACGUGAACGAAGAUGUCGUGACAUUAUUGCGUGACUAUUACAAGCCGUUAAAUGAAGACUUUUAUAGGACUGUUAGCAGAAAUUUCCAAUGGCCUUAGUCAAUUAUCCUUCUCAUACCUGCCGUGUUGCAAAUAACAUUUCACAUUUCUUAAGUAAGUUACGUCUGAAUAUUUGAAAACUACCUCAACUUGAUAGACACUACCAGAUAUGAGUUCGUUAUGAUGGCGAACUAUGAGAUCAUGAACUCGAAAAAAAAUUAGCCUCAAAAAGGACCGUGACCACUCAAAUCUGCAAUGUUGUCGCGUAAUCUUUUGAGAAAAUAAUAAAAAAAAAAUUAAGAAAAAACAAUGAUGGCCAAAGAUACACCUGGUUCGAGAGUGCCAGGAUAAAGUUUAGGGACACAACGAUGAUGGUCCACUCUAAGGGGCGUGGUCAAGGCUACAAAUGACAGGAACAAGGUUUCGAGACGACGAGAUUCCAUUGUUCUAUGUAUGAAAUUUAAAAGAACUUUAGGUAUUUCACAGAAAUUAACCAAUCACACAGCUCAUGUGCGCAGCGGGUCCAGGCCUCUAAUCUUAACAAAUUUUAUGACCCCUAUAAAUGAUCUCAAAGUACCAAUCAGAAUGUUCUUCGACGUUACAAUGGUGUUUUACGAUACUAGUCGCAAUAGACUACAAGAAAAAUAAGUCCUUAUUGACUAAGUAGGAGGGCAAGAAGGGAAAAAGUUUUAAGCCCAAGACCAUGAGGUACGGACCAAACACAGUGAGGUCCACACCUCACGAUUGAGAGCCAAAUAUCUAACCAUUCGGCCCGACCAAACUCAGUUAAUAGGCAUUUUUUUUCAGAUGAACGUCGCUUUUUUUCAGAUGAACGUCGCUGCUCGCAUCAGGGAUGACCGUACGGCUAUUGCAGGCUCUGCUCGCGCCAUCGCCUACGGCCCUUUUACUGGGCGGGGGAGGGACGGGGACGUACGGGUAAUGUGAUAAAAAAAACAUCGGUCGAGGAGGAGAAUGAGAAUUCGUCUCAACUUGGAGUUGUGUAAGAAAUAAGCCUGAUUAAAGAAUGUGUGAUCACGAUUUAGUUAACGAAUGUGCCUGACGAAGCAAUAUGAAGUGAAAGGUUUUUUAUUUUACCUGUUCCAAAAUUCCCUGGUGACAACGGGUUCCUGUAGCCAUUCUUUCUCUUAGUGGGUAAACCUAAUGACAGGCCAUUCAGGUUGUGAUCUAAUUCUGUUGAUGUUUUACGAUGAGAGGGUGUACUCUGCGAAUUAACAAGAACAUACAGCAAGUUCUAGCCACUUGUAACACUGAAGAGCCAUACAUCAAACCUACGAAAUAUGCGGCGAAAUGGAAUCCGUUUGACAAAUUGACGAUUUCAACGGAAAGAGCCAGUUAAAAGGUCACCGUUUAUUGAUACAAAAUUAUUUCAUAUAUAUGGAACCCACACUCUGUUUAACAAAUAGAUCCACGUUACCGUGCGUCUGUUCUGUAGUAUAUAGAUUUAGCCAAGCCUAAAAGUGGAGCUCGCAUUUUUUUUCCCGCACGUCUCAAGGGUACAACACCUUGCCCCGGCCAGGGCUAGAACCCGGGUCGUCCGACUCGG